GCCUGCUCUUGGCAGCCUCUUGCUCUCGCAGGAGCUCUAUUUGUGGAACCAACACAAUCGACGCCAUCGCUGAGCUGCCCCGUGGCCGCAACAGCUUGGAUGAUCACCGUGAGUCCUGAGCUGCUCGCAACGAUGCGCAUGCUACCGAGACUGCUCGCGAUAGCUGCGGUGAGUGCAGCCUUUGUACUACCGGCAGCCAGGUUUGUAAGCAAGGCAGAGGCAAUCAAAAAGUCCGACGCGGGCGCGACGCCGCUCUCGCCGACUCAAAAGCUCCUGCAGCCCGUCCAAUUGGCCGCCGCGGUCGGCCUGCUCGUGGAGCUGCCGUGCUACGCCUGCGGCCGCCCCGCGCUCGGCUGGCGCCUCUCAACGGAAUAUUUCGCAUUCUUUGCAGUCGUCUGAACCGGCGCGGGAAGUCGGCUUCAAGACGACACGGUCGCCGUGACGUCGUCGACGCGGCCGCAUGAAAGUCUACACGUCCGCGCAGGUCACGUUGCCGAGGUCAUACCGCUUCGGAAAAUACUCGGAGCGCGCCGCGGAGCCGGCGAAGGGCGCCGGCGGCGGCGAGUUCGGCCAAUUCCUGCUGAGCGUCUGGGCGGCCCAUUGGCUCGGGGCCUGGCGCGGCGCGCGCGGGUGGAUCAAUUCGCGAGAGCUCUUCGCGUUGCGGAUUGCGGGCACGCUGAUCGGUGCGAGCGCCGCGUGGACGCUGGGCCGGGCCUACGACCGCGUCGUGACGCCGGAGUCACUCGUUACGACGGGCCCGUACCGCGUCGUGCGGCAUCCCAUCUACACGGCUUAUCUUUUUCUCUUCGCCGGCGGCCUCGCCAGUCUCGGGUCGCCGCUCGCCAUCGCGGUACUGCUGCUAUCAGCAUGGAGGUUCUACAAACCACGGAUGGCGAGCGAGGACAAGAUCCUAGAGGAGCAGUUCGGGGACGCGUGGCGGAACUACGCCGCGAAAACGCCGUCGCGACUGUUGCCGCCUUUUGUGUGACGCGAUCGUGCCUUUUUGUGUGACCUGUAUGCGCCGCGGCUCGACGCCGUCGGCGCGACAGCCUCCGCCAUCACGGCAUAGCCUACGGCGGCGCCAGACGAAGCCCGCGGCCCGGCCCUGACCCCACCAGUACGCCAUCGCCGCGACCAUGUAAAAAUAACACAGAACACCC